AUGACUGAGCUACAAGGGGGCCAACCAGGGUCUUUGAGCAGACUCAAUGAUCCAACCGUAGUUGAGAUAAAACCACGCCAGCACGAGAAUGGAAAACCACUGGCCGAACCUGAAAGCGGCCCAAAACCUCCAGCAAAGAACGAUGAACAGCCACACAAUGGGGAGCCAACAGGCACAGACAAUCGUGGAAGUGUUUCGGCAGACAGGCCGCAAGUGCACGGAAUCCCGGAUGGGCAUCCGUAUGACCGUGGAAUUCGGGUAACCCACAUUUGCUGUGAUGUAGAGUCUUCAUCAACAGGGAGUGUGUGGUUUUCAUCUCGACGUUCCAACAAGUCUCGCGAGCAGGCAAUGGAACAGGAGAUCCAUCAAUUACGAUCAGAAGUUGGACGCCAGCGUCAAGUCAUUACUGAGCUACAAGAAGGAAAUUCAUUCACAAAGGACGAAAAUUUCCAACUGCGAGGGAAAAUACGGGAGCUCAAUGGCUUAAUUCGCCGGACACAAGAGAGAGCUUUCGGAGAAAUUGGCCAGGGAAAAUGGGCUUCCCAGCCCGAUAGAGAUGUCCGUGAUGACCUCUCUUUAUUUCAACGUCAACUCAGAGACUGGAGCAAAGAGUACGCCCUGGAUUCCGCAAGUAGCCUGCAGGCAUUAAAAAUGAGCGAGGAAGAGAAGGACGAGUUUCUGUGCAACUUAAGCAAGGUGGUGACACUCAGUGAAAAUGGUAGUAUCCCAGCAACGCUACGGUCAGGGAAAAUGGAACGCCGACUACCAUCUAUCCUGCUAAACGCCCUGGUGGCUCAUGAUAUCUAUACUCAGAUAUUCGACGACCCUUUCUAUUUCUUGGGCCAGUGUAGCAGUUCGGAUGACCAAGAUUCCUCGGUUGAUGGAACUCCUCUUGUUAACGAGACUCUAAACAGAAUCUAUGCGGAGCUAAAGAAUCUUGAUGAACGGGAAGCUCAUAUCUGGCGGUCUCAGUUACUUCGAAUAUACAAUCCACCUGAAGGAAGUUCUCUCGGUGAGAAAGAAAAGCUAGCAGCUAAAAAGAUGCAUUCCCGAGUCCACCGGUGCAGUGACUAUUUUGCCACCAUCUUUCAUACGGGACCAGCUAAAUAUCUCUUCCGAAAGAUUUCCAGCGAGCAGGAAACAACCCGCCUUAAUAAGCUCCGGGAUAUAUUUAUCGAUGCCGGUGAGCUAUCGUCCAGGCUUUGGACUCAACGGACUUAUAUGAAGAGUCAAAAUCUUCCAUCCUUGAAAUUGGAACAGUUCAAAGUUUCAUCCCCGUCCAUGGAAGCCCACCCUUCUCAAGGCCUAGACGAUGACGAAGACAACAAGUUAGACGGCUCGAGGGUAGAGGUGGUCAUACACCCCGCUCUCCUCGCCUUUGGUAAUGAUGACUGUGAGAAUUACCAUAUAGCCCGCGUCUGGGCUAAAGCUGUGGUUUUGCUAAGAGCAACAAGAUGA